AUGCGUGAUACUCCUUCCAAGUUCAUCGAGAUCCUUGAUCCCAAGGACUCGCACCCCCGCAUGUCCGAUUCAGAUGUCCGCCUUGAGGAUGUCCUCGCCGAUCACGAGGCGACCAUCAGCCGCCCACGCUCCUCAACCACUUCCUCCUCUAAGCCCAUGGAUAAAGCACAACUGGGACGCGUCAACUCUACCUCGCCGACGCAGCGUUGGAAGAGAUUCAGCAACAUUCUCGCACAGCCUCGACGAAACUCUUAA